AGCUGAUAUCAAGACUUUUUAGAAUGUAUAUUCAGAGUUCUCUAGCCAGAAGCCGUUACUGAGAUAUCAGUGUUUUUCAAACAAUGUCCUUAUUCAGACCAGAAUGAACUGAUCUUGAUUUCUUACCACGAAUCAGUGACCAUGAAUCUUGAAAAAAUUUUCAGAUCAGGUCAUUCUCAUCUGAAUCUUAUUAUUGAUUGUACAGGGUCAGAAUCUGAUAAGAUUGACCUGAAAUCAAGAUUCUGUCAGAAAUGAUCUCAAGAUUGUCGACUUGUGAAGGCCUAAGAUACUAUCAUCAUUUUCACUGUAGGUUAUCUUUUUCUUAUUACAUCUCUAUUUUCCGAGAGAAAUCAACUUUUAGAAUGGAACGACCAUUAAAUAACUUUUGUUUCCUGUACUGCUCUUUUUGUUCAAAGUGGUUAGACUAGUGUUUUUCUCAGGUAUUUCCUUUUCUAUCAUAUGGCAGUUUAUAAGGAGCGUAGAGGCACCAAAUAAGUUUUAAUGGCGAUUUUGUAGAACUAAAAUUUUAGUUCCCAUUUUUCUUAAUUUUUAACUUUAUUGAUUAACUUAAUAUAUAAAUGACUUUUUCCUAGUUUUCUCAAAAUUUGAUGGGAAAAUAAAAAUUUGACUUAUGCUUUCUUCUUCAACUUAAGGGCCCCCCACCCCUCAAAAAAAGCAUUUUUCGACAAAAAAAUCGAUUUGGAUAUUUAUGCAUAGUUGUAUAGCCCAAUAUAUCUGCUUUCGAAUGCACUAUGAUUUAUUGGUUUUACGAUGAUUUUUGCGGGUUUUACAGCGGUUUUUCUGAGGCACCCAACAUCAAAAACUGAUUGAUUUUUUAUGGUUUUUCCGUGGGAAUAACGCUUACAUAUGGGAAAAAGUACAUCGCACAUGUCUCUACAUGUGGUCAUUCGAUUCGCCAUAGCCGAUAACCCACGACGAACUGCUUUCAGACUUUUCCCUGUACCACUUUCCAAAAAAAAACCGCGAUAAUCAAAGGAGAAACUUGUUUUGCGUUUUUCUCGAAACUUUUUUUUGUUUUACCUGAUUGUGCGUCAAAGAUUUCUCCGCCAUUUUAAAUGUUAGAAAGUUCGGGAAGGUUUUAAAAUGAAGGUAAAUAUCGGUGCUACAACCUAACAAAGCCGAAAUUUUUGUUUUCAAUUUAUUUGUUUACAAAAAACUCGCGUUUUCUAAAAAAUUAAUCUAGAUUUUUCGAAAAAACUGUCUAAAAAAAUUAAUUUUUUUUUCUCAAAAAUCCGGCUUUGUUAUUAUGAUCUCAUUUUAACCCUUUGGCGACUGAAAGCCCAUAUAUAGGCAAAUGUCGCAACACUCCUGUAACUCAAGAACCAUAACAGCUAGUGACUUCUAAUUUUGUGUGAGCAUAGUUCUUACCAAAUGCUGAUCAUCCACCAAGUGUGGGUCUCUUUUACUUGAUGGUUCGUGAGGUAUAAGUGAUUUAUUUCUUUUCCGUAAAAUAUCAAUAGCUCCUCAUCUAAGAGAGAUGAAAACUUUUUCUUUUUAUCAAAAUGUAGCCCCGACUCUACUCUAUCUACGAUAUGAAUUUCGUGAGUUGGCAGUUAGUAGCUUUUAUUAACUAUUGUGCUUCUGAAAAGUCAUUGAGAACGAGCACCCACGAUUGAAACAUACGUAGAAGAGCGAGGGUGGCGAACUAAGGGUCGCUCUUUAUACUAUUGAAUCUGCAUGCAAUGUACAUCAUAAUCAUGAAAAAACAAUCAUAGAAACCUAUGAUUCCGAAAAGCGUAUGAGAAACUUUUGUCAGAAAGAUUACACACUCACUUCUGAUCUUCGCCAUUUCACUUAUUUUGCGCCGUUUUCACUUCUCUUAUAUUUUCAAGCAAAGUAAUAACAUAUUUGAGAUCAGCAGACAGAACUGGGUCUAACAGCAUACUUAACAUUCGGUUUUUGAAUAAACAAAAUUUUAUUGAUAAUUUUCUCUCUAGCGGGAAGACCGGACGUAUAUAUACGCCUCCCGUCGCCAAAGGGUUAAAUAAAAAGAAUAUUCUCUUUUAGUUUUUAAUGUAAUGUUAUUAUUUUUGUGAUGCGCUUGCAACUUUUAUUCCUAUACGCCACAGUAUGUAAAAAUAAUUAGACGUUCGGUCCUAAUUCUUAUCAGAAACACUAAUCAAAAUUCUUCGUUUGAAUAGUACUAAAGCGUAGACGAUUGGUUUUGAAAAGUAAAUUGAGGAUGACCGAAUGUUUGUUCAAAGUGGUGAAACAUUUUUCAUCCACUACAUAAAUUUGCCAGAAUAUCAAAUUUCUGUAUAAGAACGUACAAGUUUUUUAUUGUUUCGGCUGGUAUGUAUAUCUCAUUAGGACUUGAGAUUAUAAGUCGCCUAUAUAGUAUAGACCUAUCAAGUUGUAAUAGUACGAGUUUCCUUUUCUAAAGGUUUUACACGAUUUUCGUUGGUAUUACUAAUGAGAGUUUUUUUUCUGAUUUCAGAUCAAUGAUAGGAGAAUGAAUUUUAAUACAUCAGCGGAUCCUGAUAGAAGUACGCCAACAAUUCCGUAUAUAGAUGAAAUUGAUCGUGUGCUUGUUUCAUAUGAAAAAGCAAAAUAUUAUUUAUCUGAAAUAAGUAAAAGGACCGAAACACAAAGUCAGCUAUGGAAACAACGGCGAGAAGGUUUAGAAAAUAUUUUGUCACCGUCACAUCAUCAAUCAUUGUAUGAUUAUUUAAUGCCAAAAGUAUUACGAACAAAUGAGUUAGUGGUAGAUAUUGUUACAUUGCUAUGCAGAAUAGAUUUAUUAACAGAACAAAUCGCUAAAGUCGAACCAAAAUGUUUACAACAACCUCAACAACAAAUUCAAUCAGCACCAGUCGUAGUUUCAUCAACACCAGAACAUUCGCAUUUUCACAAUAGACAAAUACAUGUAACUGAAACAUUAUCUCAUCAUGAUUAUUCAGCAGCACAUCGUGAGUUUGACGUAUUUUUGAAGCCGUAUUCACCUUUGUUAUCGUACACUAAAGUUUAUGCAAAUAUUCUUAUUUUUUGUUUUUUACUAGCAUCGUUCUUAGUUUUUUCGUUUUUGCUCACAGGUAUGACAAGUGAUAAACAUUCUCAACAGCAACAAUCUGUGGCAUCUAUUCAAGGUACAAGUUCACGUAACUCUGAACAUAGUGAAUAUACAUCCCGUUCAAAAUUAAACUCAAAUCGUUUAAAUUUUCCAUUGAAUGGACAUGUUGAACACCCAAUUGUACAAACGCCGGUCUUAACAGAACAACUACCCACGAGAAAGAAUGGCUCAAUUAAUAAUGAACAACAAUCAGCAAAUAAUUCUGCUCCUCAUCAACCCGAUGUAAAUACGCCGUGCUCAAUCUAUAUCCAAGAGAAAAGAAAAGUACCUGGGUUUGUACCGAUCGAUAAACCAGUGGAGUAUUCUAACAAUAGUCAUAUGGACUCGCCAUCAACACGAGCUCAAGAAAAUGCUAGACCAACGCCAACAUAUCCAAUAAGUUAUCCACAACAAGAACCGGGACCAGCGGUAAAAGACCGUGAUCUAGCAAUGAAUAGCCUAAAUCUUCAAUCACCAGUUCCACUAUAUAUGAAUAAUGUUUCAUCGUCUGGUAUGCGACAGCAACAAAAACACUCGAGUCAACUCUCACGAUCGUCAUCGAUAACGGAAACUGAAGAAGGAGUUCGAAAAGUCAUUUGUCCACUACAACGUAUCGAACCAGGAACUUUAUGGGAACACGCCGAAGUUAUUAUUGUUGAUCACCCGUCAGCAUUUUAUCUUCAAAAUAAAGAGCCACGUAAUAUUGAUUUAUUCAGUAAAAUGUCAGACAACCUAAAUACUCAUUAUAAUCGUUUAUAUGAUCAGAAGAAACUUAAAUCAUUAAAUGAUAUAGAAGAUGGCGAUUUUUGUGUUUCACAAUAUGAAAAUCGCUGGUAUCGUGCAAGGAUUCUCCACUAUGAAAAUGAUCAAGUACAGAUUGUUUAUGUCGAUUAUGGAAAUAUGGAGACGAAACAUGUGUCAGAAGUAUUUUCGUUGCAUAGAGAAUUUUCGUUGAUGCCUGCUCAAGUAAUCGGAGCCACACUGUCAGAAGCAUUUCCAAAUGUACCUAUGAAAAAAGACAAUCAAAAUAGUAUGUGGUCAGAGGAAGUCAUUGAUAAAUUUCGGCAGGAAGUGCUUGAUAAAGAUGUUGAAGUACAUUUUGUGGAUAAAACAGGAGCAGCGAGCGGUUGGCCAUUACAUUUUGUGACAUUAAUUGUUGAUAAUCAGACCAUUACAAAUUCAAUGAAUUUAAAACAAGACAUCAAAGUUACCGCAAAUGAUUAUGACUAUAAAUCGAUUCACUUAUCUUCGUCUAUAAAUGGCUCGGUUACAUCAAGUACUUCGGCUGCGACUGCUAGCAAUUCACACAAAACAGUAUCCUCGUGUUCAAAACCAUAUCAGACGAUAAUUGAAAAACCUAGUUGUAAAUUGCAGUCAAUUGCACCUGGAACAUUGUGGCGACGAGCUGUCGUUGUUAAUAUUGAUCAUUUAUCAGCAUUUUAUAUUCGAAAUCAUGAACACUAUAUUUCACAACAGUUUAGUCAAAUGGAAAAUAAUUUAAACACUCAUUAUGGAGAUUUAGAAAAAGACCUACGUUUGAAACCGUUGACUAACUUUGCCAUUGGAGAUUAUUGUGUGGCAAAAUAUAAAAAUUGUUGGUUACGUGCUAGAAUUCUUCAAUGUGUCAUUUUAGAUAAUAAGGUUGGAAUAGUUCAUAUUGAUUACGGCACUAGUGAUACAAAAGAAUUAUUGGAGAUUUACGAAUUAAAUGAGAAAUUUUCAUUGUUACCAGCGCAAGUCGUAGCUUGCACGCUAUCUGAAGUGCUAUCUGGUCUAUGGUCGUCUGAGGCUAUUCAAAUAUUUCAUGAAGAAGUAUUAAAUAAAGAAUUACAAGCAGAAUUUGUUGAUAGUGAAAACAUAACAUGGCCAUUAUAUUUUGUGAAAUUAAUUGUUAAUAAUCAGUCUGUUACAAAAAAUGCAAAUUUAAGCCCAUAUAUUCAAGUAGUUCCAAAUGCAAGAGUUGCACUUUCCUAUUUGAAACUCUUUACAGCAUUAGAAUACGUUCUGUACAAUGUGCCAAUUGAAAAUGAAGAGAAUGACAGACCAAAUCUCGGUAAUGUUGGAAAAUUUUACUGA